UACCACAAGUCGGUCCUUUUUUUCCUCCUUGAAGCUUCUUCGCCAACGCAACCCCGAUAUCCCCCAAAACCCUCCUCCGUCCCCCAGAAGCUUCUCCCUUUCUCUCUCUACCCCCCACCCUUCCCUUUCUCUCUCUACCCUCUGGUCCCCUUCCGAGUGCCUAGCGCAUCGCGCUCUGCCGUCGGCUGCGGCGGCGGCGGGGAGGUGGCUCCGUCCCCGUUCGGAUCGGUGUGGAGAGCGAGCACGCGCCGGUCCCCCCGAUGGAGGACCGCGGCAGCGACACCUCCGAUGCCCUCCAGACCGACGACGAGACGACGGAGGAGUCGGAGUCGGAGUCCGAGGAGGAGCGCCUCCGUGACCUGCAGGAGUUCCGCGUCGCCCGGCUCGGCGAGCCCCGCGGACCCCCGCUGGCGGCGGCGGCGGGGGGCGGCGGCGGGCGGCUGGAGGCGACGAGCUUGUGCGCGGGUGGUUCGCAUGUGAUCUCUGCGUCGAGAGAGGAGCCGGAGGAGCGAGCUAAUCAGUUGAAUGGGGAACUUGGAUCUGACAUCACGGGUGAGGCUGCAGAAACUUACUCGAGGAACCCUCGUACUGUUUGUCCAUCUAUUUCAUCUGGACUGUUGCUAGUCUCUGUUUCUCAGUCCAUUUCAUCAGUUGCCAGUUCGACUCCUCUAGACCGUAAACUGCCACCAACUACAAAGGUCACAGAUUCAUGUACUGUACGUUCUAAGGUACGGAAUUCUUCUGAUUGUGGGACUACAUCUGCUGUGAAGGCAUCUGGAGGAGAUGGGUACAAUUGGAGGAAAUAUGGUCAGAAGCAAGUUAAAAGUCCUAAAGGUUCCCGAAGCUACUUUAGGUGCACUAAUUCUGACUGUUCUGCCAAAAAGAUCGAGUGCUCUGAUCUGUUGAGCCAAACGACAGAGACUGUUUAUAGAAGUUCACAUAAUCAUGAUCCACCUCAGAAAGUCAGAGAUGGGCGGCAAAGGAGUCGGGUCAAGUCAUCCAGAAUCAUUGUGGAGAGUGAGGUUGCCAAACAUCCGGUAAGAAUGCUUCCUGAAUCAGAUCCAUCUGUAGCUUCAAGAGAACAGAAAAAUGAAUUACCAUCGUCAGUUCCUGGAAGAGAAAUACAAGAGGCAAAUGGCUUUGAUGCAAAUUAUGGAAUCGUGGCCAAGCAGGGAAACGACAAUGAUCCAGAGCUGAAGCCAAGGGGGAAGAAAAAUAGGUUGAUUCGCUCGAGUUCUCCCUUAAAACCUGGGAAGAAACCGAAAUUUGUUGUGCAUGCUGCGGGUGACGUUGGGAUAUCUGCUGAUGGAUACAGAUGGCGCAAGUAUGGACAGAAAAUGGUUAAGGGAAACCCUUAUCCGAGGAACUACUACAGAUGCACCUCUGCUGGAUGCCCUGUACGUAAACAAGUUGAAACAGCACUAGACAAUGCUAGUGCCGUUACAAUAACUUACAAGGGGAUACAUGACCAUGAUAGGCCAGUGCCCAAGAAAAGGAAUGGCCCACCAAGCGUCCCUUUGAUUGCAGCUGCUUCUUCAGAUUCGUUGCACAGCACACCGAUCAAGAAGUCCGAUGGAUUGCGAGAUCACACUUCACCAACGCAGUGUUCAGUGGACUCAGAAGGAGAGUUAUCAAGCCAGGCCCUAGACUUGGGAGGUGAGAAGGCGAUCGAAUCAGCUAGAACUCUUCUGAGCAUCGGUUUUGAAAUCAAGCCCAGAUGAACGUACGCUCAUGACUGGUGCAGAAGGUUUAAGCUUGUGCUCUUGUUAAAAAUGACUAGAGAUGGUUUCUUCGGCUUUUUACUUCACUGCUUUUGCUCUGUAAUUUGCUUCGGUUAUUAUGCCAGUCUUCUUUGCAUAGUUUUACGCACCUGGUCUUUGUUUA